AUGGCAGACUCUCCCAUGUCCGACAGCGAGCAGUCCUGGCUCACACUAGCAAUCACACACCGAAAAGUAACCUACGAACUCUCAUUCCCCGAAGAUGCGACCAUCACAGACCUUUUCAACGAGAUCGAAGCGAGUCUCGAUAUCCCCGUCGCAAACCAAAAGAUCAUCGCCCCAAAGACUCCCCUCCUCAAAGCCCCCUUCAAGAACCCCGACAUGCCCCUCCUCGACCUCAAGGGCAAGCAUUUGACGCUCAUGGGCUCUGGCGCUGCGGAGAUUCAGCAGGUGCAGGAUAUGGCCGAGCGUGUUGCGAAGCGCAAUGCUGCGAGGAUGGCGCAGAGGAGCAAAGCACGGCAUGCGACGACGACGACACGCCGAAAUCCACAAGACUCGCAAUAUACAUUUCUUCAAGUCCGACCGCUGCAAGGUCUUCCGAACCCAGAUCGCAGCCAGAAACUUCUUAUGCGAUUGAAGGAAGACCCUGGUAUUCGCGCUGCCAUGACAAAGCAUAAAUUCGCUGUUGGGCUUCUUACAGAGAUGGAACCUCUUUCGCAUACGCAGACAACACACGAGGGAACAAGUCGCAUUCUGGGACUGAAUCGCAAUCAAGGCGAGGUCAUCGAACUACGGUUACGAACAGAUGCGCAUGAUGGAUAUCGCGAUUACAAGACCAUUCGCAAGACACUGUGCCACGAACUGGCGCAUAAUGUCCAUGGUCCGCAUGACAGAAACUUCUGGGACUUGUGUCAUCAGAUUGAACGAGAAGUUGACGCUGCGGAUUGGAAAUCAGGUGGACACACGAUUGGCGAAACAUCGCGAUACACCGUUUCUGGACGUGAUGAGGAAGAGGAGGAUUAUCCUGAGGACUUUGGAGGUUGGACGGGUGGUGAAUUUGUCCUGGGAGGGGUUAAUAACAAUUCCACUGCUGGGAUGAGUAGACGAGAGGUACUCGCCCAAGCAGCGCUUGAAAGGCAGAGAAAGGAGGUUGAUUCUGAGCGGAAGGUGCUGGAGGAGCAGAGACAACGAUCACCACCUGGUGAUGAAUCCAAGUAA